UAUAGCCAAAUCAAGAUGAGACGGGACGGACGGUCAGAGGCCGCAGCGGGACUACCAUAGGAAAGCCCGCCCCCGCUAGCUAACAUAGAUAUCUAUUCCCGGAUAGCAGUAGUCUCUAUGUGAAUCUCUUCCCGACCAGGCCAGGCCGAAUCGGGCCACCACUUGGGAUGGGAAUGGCUCAGCCCACAUGCAUCAUUUGAUGAAAGCACUCCAGUCCAGUCGCCUCCGUUAGAUUGGCUUGUCAACCACCGGACCGUAGCUCCUCACCAAAUCUCCGCUUUUACACUCGGGGCAACACAGCACAUGAGUAGUUCGCUCCAGGACCCCACCCCCUCGAGAGCAGGAUGCCGGCCGAGAUGGAGCUGGGAGCCAACCUAUACUUUCCUGGGGCUUGCCUUGCCCCAACAUCUAAUCUAAAUAAAGGGCGGGCGCCGAAAAGGAACCAGCCCAGCCUCUUCAAGAAAGCUUUGCUUGGUAGGCGCUGCCCGGACAAUGCUCUGCACACUUUCGUGUGCAGUUCCGCCCCCUUCCCUUCUCCCAUGCUGAGUCACAGGCAGCGCCUCGGAAAGCACGGACGAGCCACAUGCAGGGAAACUUGCACGUGUGGUUCUGGCCGGGGACCCCGGUAUACUGUACUAAUAUGUGUAGGUCCCCGUAAUUCGAGUGAGAUUGUCAUGGCGCAAAAGCAGAUAUGGUCCGGUAUUCCCUUGUUCCCCGUAUUGGUUAUGUUCCUCAUUUCUCGUCUAGCAGAAACUAAUCGAGCUCCGUCUGAUCUCCCAGAAGCGGAAGCUGAAUCAGUUGCAGGCUAUAAUGUAGAAUAUGCGCGGGAUGCGAUCCAACAUAGUUCACUGUUGGCGGAAGCCAAUGUCCCGGGGUCCCGGGGACUCAUUCUGACUGAAACAAGGGGUGGGUCUUUACCAACUUCAAAAUCAAAGAUUGUUGGGAAGCAAUCAAACUACUGCGCGGGCUACCGCGCAACGGCUUUCGCGCGUCGCGCUCAUUCCGUUGCUUGGUUGGUCUACGAUCAGCUAGCGCGCCCUUUGUGUUGUAGUAGGGCCGUUGCUUGUUGGGGCAGGGCACUCUUCACUCUUCAUUCUUCAUUCGAAACUAAUGAAUGUCGGGUCGAGGGUUUCUGCCUUGUUAUCAAAAAGGGGAGUUGGGUAAAGCAAACUCCCUCCUUGGACGAGCACGGGGCUUAGUCAAGUAGAACCGGGUUGCGCUGCUUGAUGCUCCGAUCGAAAACAAAUCAGUGGGGCCAUGCCGGUACGACAGAAUAUGCGUUAGAAAGGUCAAUCCCUCCCCUACGACACCAAAAAAAACCGGGCCGAACUUCUAAGCCAAGCCCGCCCGCUUCCAUAGAACAAUAUCGUGGCAACGUAGACCUAAGUGGUCAUAUUGGAUCCUUGGGAACCAUCACAAGUACGGCCGGCCUAUAUUUGAACGAGAAUGCCGUGUCGUCCAGCGAAGCCUAGAAGAAGGUGACUCGGAGCCUAGAAGAAGGUGACUCGCGCAGACAGCUGACUCCUUUUCAAUAGAAAGGAAUAGCCAAACCAACCCAGCUGGCUGGUCAAUCUCAGAGAUCUUAUCGGCCGGCAAACCGGAGACGGACGACCACGGUCCCGACCUUACCAGCACCGGAGGUUUACUAAUCAAUGAACCCCCGAAACCUACUUUCUUUUCUGACAAAGUCAACCAAGCGAAGAAAAGCCUUACCCCUAUAUAAAAGAAAAGCGCGCGCCAGAACAAGGCGAGCCAAAGGCUCGCUUUCGCCCAAUUAUUAGUAAGGCGCGCGCCAGAACAAGCAAGGGAUGAGCCCAAUGGAGAGUAAGCUGAUUUACAAUCAGCCUGAUUUACAACCAGCCUGCGGUCGAGCUGAUCGUAGAGCACUCUCUCCCGGUGGUCGAGCUGAUCGUAGAGCACUCUCUCCCGGUGGUCGAGCUGAUCGUAGAGCACCGUUGCCUUGACUCUGUUAGGGGCGCAUCCGGCUUCUUGCUUGCUGGGCAUGCUGAAAAAUGGAUGCGCGCUAGCGCGCGCCCUGUAGUUUUCUUCGCUCCGGAGUUUGCUCUUGAGCGCACUCCGGCGAAGCGGAAGGGCGCGCUAGCGCACUCCGGCUUGAAAGCCUUCGUUUGCUCCGUUUGCUGGCUUAACAGCAGCGAGCUCCGCUUUCAGAAGCGAGCCAGAGUAGCGCGCUAGCCUAGCUAGCUAACGUUUUUCAGCUGGCUGUUAUGUUAGUUGUAGCGCGCUAGCGCGCCUUCCCUCCUUCUCUCACUUCGGAAAGAUUUAGCAGUAUUUUCUUAUGAUGACCUGGUCGAGAGAGUACGAUACAUCGGUGUAAAAGAUUGAGUGGGAUCUGUGAGGUUGGUUAUUGUAAGGCCUGGCCUGAAGUGCGCGGCUUACGAAAAGGUAAGCGGUUAGGUUGACUUUGCCCCCAUUU